AUGCCGCAUAGAUCCUCGAAGCGUCCACGCACCGGCGCGCACGGGGGUACUCUCGACUACGACGCGAAGCCGGGCGUUUCGUUGCAUGGUGCUUCCAGUGGCGCCGCGAGCGGGCAGAAACGGCGGCAAUCGUUCAGCUGCCACGGAACCCCAUGCACGUGUCGCUCUCUCGUGUGCACGGUGGACGAGAAGCCCCGUGAAUGCGGGAAAUGGCCGUGGUGGGAGCUGCACAGACGGACGGCAGCGCUGGCUGCUUUCUCUUUCGGAGCCCAGCGCGGCGCCGCGCUCGACACCGACGGCCGCCCGCGGCCUCCCGUGGUCCUCGUCGAGUCCAUGGCCGUCGCGUCCUUCGACUCCAAGGAAGCUCGCGACGCCCUGUCGUCCGUGGCCGCAUGGGCCUCCUUCAACGCACGCUGCUCCAAGUCCAUAUGUCUGACAGGGCACUACGAGAAGCGAACCGUCCUGGACUGCAUGUACUCCUUCGUCCGCCACCGCGCGUACUGCGGCCCCGCCAUCCCCCCCGAGGACGCCCCGCCCGAGGAGCUGCAGCGCUUCGACGCAAAGCUACCGCAACGCGACUGGAGGACGCUCCAGCGCCUGUGCGAGCCCAUCGUCCGCGCCAUGCGCCCUGCCGUGCGCAAGUACGCGGAGGUGACGGGGGUGCGCCGCGAGCACACCUCGCUGCGGCACGCGUGGCUCCUCGUCCACGACGAGGGCGGACACACGCCCUGGGAGGGCGACGACGCCGCGAUCGUUGCGGACGUCUGCCUCGCCGGGCCUCCCGCGCUCGCUGCGCGCAGCACGCAGGCGCCGCCCGGUUCGCACGACGUGGUCUUCGCGUUCGCGCCGGGGCGCGACGGGUCGGCCACGUGCCUCGCGGAGAGCGACGCGGACGAGCAGCCCCCGCUGCGCACGGCGCCGGGGGACGACGCGCAAGUGCGGUGGGUCCAGACGAUGACUCGGGCGUGGCAGGGCGACGUGGGGGCCCUGGCGCGGCACGACGAAGACGGGGACGCCGUGCAGCCUGCGGGCGACGCGAGCACGUGGCAGGUGUCGGUUCCGGUAGGGAUGGGCGUGUUGUACAGGCCGGGGGGAGUACGGGACCUGCGUGCGGACGCGCCGGCGGGGCCGGGCGGGCGCGUGGUGCUGCGGCUGUUCUACGGCGACGCCGGACCGGUGGACGAGCGCGUGACGUACACGGUGGAGGAGGCGGAGGACGCGAAGGUGGAAGUACGCGGGGGGGUUGUGUCGGGGGCAGAAAACGUGGCGGAUGACUUCUUGGAGUUUAUACCGUGA